AUGACUAUACAAAGACAGACAGACGGCUACCCUACCCCAAGAGGAGAGAUGAUCGUCCUGCCCCUUACUCCCGACCACAACAAGUCUGAUAAACCACCUGUCGAAGAUGGGGAAAGCAGUACAAUGGCCGCCAAAGUCCAGCAAGCCCGACUCAAAGAAAGACUCCUUAAAGUGAGGCAUUCUCGGGAGAACGAGAUCGAUAGACCAACAAGGGCGGUCGCCGAGAAGUAUCUGACCCCUAUAUCCUUAGAUGAAUCUGAUGUAGGGGACAUCUCCGACAAGCACCAUGACGGUCUGGUGAUAUCUAUUCCUGUCGGGAAUUGUAUGAUCAAACGGGUCCUUGUCAACAAUGGAAGCUCCACCAAAGUUAUGAUGAUUGAUGCCCUUAAGGAGAUGGGGCGGAAUCCAGACACCGACGUCAUUAAGAAAUCUACAGUUCUGAUAGGAUUCAGUUGCGAAGAAAAAACCACUUUCGGAGAGGUCACGUUACCCGUCUACGCCCAGGGAGUCAACCAGCAGGCCCUGGUUCAUGUCAUGAAGGCCAUCCCGUCAACCUACCACCAAACCAUCAAGUUCCCAACCCGGUGGGGAGUCCAAGAAAUCAAGGGAGAUCAACAGGAGUCCAAAGAGUGUUACAAAGCGGCACUGAAGCCCUCGGCCACCAACAAAUCCUCAUUAUAG